GGUAACGAUGAUGGUGGAAGAGAGGUUCGGAAAAGGAGAGUCAAGAAAGGGCAACAGCGUUGGGGAGACAUGAGAGAAAGGUUGUGGGGGGAGACUCCAUGUAUCGGCGGUUCAACGCAUCGGUCGACAAUCUGCUCCUAAUGUUUCCACCAUCUUCUAUUGAUCUCCUCACCGGUUCACCACCAUCGAGAUCCCGCCAUUCGAACACCGCCGCCGAAGUAGGAUUCGAUGGAAAAUCCCAGAUGGCCAACAACAGCAAAAGCAAUGACUCCUUCAUUCGGCGAUGGAGAUUUCAUCGAGAAGGUCUAGCAGAACUCGUCAAUUUGCAAUCUAGAGAAGCCAAAGCCGAAAGAAGGAAAGGUACAUAUGCUUCGCCAUCGUCAUCCAUGUCGCACAUCGCCAUCUCCGCCUCUGCCAUCGAGUCACAAUCUUCGUCGCCACCUUCGCCUUGUCCUCUUCGCAUAUUUGUGUUGUUGUUGUUGAAGAAAUGGAAUGAGAAUGAGGUCUGGUGCGGGAUCGGCGUACUCUCACUCCCGAGGCUAAGAUGGAGCCGGUUGGAUGGCGACCUGGUUGGAAGAAGAUGGGGUGGCGGCGGAGGAUAGGAGCAGAGUGAAACGAGCGGUGGGAGGGUGAAAGGAGCACGAAUGUAGUGGUGACUAUGGAGAUUUAGUUUGAUCGAUUAUUGAUCAAUUUAAGUCUAGUUUGGUUUCAUAUAUUACAUUAAAUUGAUCGGUUGGUU